UUCAUUUGGUUCGAUCGACCGUACGGCGCACUUUCCAUGUAAUUUCAUUUUCCCUGAUGGUGCAAUAGUUAUUUUGUAACCCUUCUACAAAAAAUAGGUAAGAAUAUUGUAGCAAGUAUUGAGAAGAAAGAGCCACAACUGCCAUGGCCCGUCCGUUGAAUAUGCCUCAGACCGGUAUAUACGGGCAGUUACCAUCCCAACAAGCAAGCAACAUGAUGGCCCAGCAACAGUUGCUAUUACAGCAUCGGGAUGUGGAAUACUUUUACGUUUACGUGGCCGAAUCGGAUUACUUCAACGUGGGAUACUGGAUCGCGUUGGAACCGGAUAAGACCCUUAGUUUGGAAAACCUACGUGGCUACUACUCGACUUGCUUCGGUAUCAAGUACAAGUUUGUUAACGCCAAAAAUAAAGUAGAAACUAAGUACAUCCGGUAUCACAACGGAUAUUUUCGGUUCCCAGCAGGGCUAGAUAUGAACAAUACGCGCUUUGUGGCUUACUAUUACAACGAUGUAGAUGAUGUAAACGCAUUCAUGGAAAUGGCAGAGGCAAGCGACAACGUAGCAGGAAUGGUACCAACUUUAGAACUCCGGAACCCACCAGUACCCGAGAACAAUGAUUCGACUUUCCUAGGUCGAACGGUGAACAAUUUCGACAUGGCAAAUGUGUUGCAACGAGGAGCCCAGAGUACUCCGAAAGUGGUACCGGCAAAGGCGACGUUGUUGGAAAAUGUUUCCUCAACGUCGGACGUUAUUCUUAAUGAAAAAACAAUUGAAGUAAUUUCGGUGCGUGACUCAGAUUCGCUUUUACAACGACCACCACCUCCCCCAGGACCACCGCAUAAUCAUGCUACUACUCCAAAAACGGUAGUAGAUGUAGCAGAUAAGCCCAAACCCAGCGUAUCCGGUAUAAAAGCUAAACUGGGACCAAGCGUUUCAUCAACUUCGGAUUUGGGAAACACUAAAGGAGUGAAACGUGACCCAGGAAUAAAACACGCACGUAUAACCAUAGAUGAUUCAAGUGGGUUCCGACGGGAGAACAGAUCGGUUAUGGUCAGGGUGGAUGCUACUCCCGUAAAUAGGAACAUGUUAAAUCGGUACCAAAGAACACGCGAACAGCCUCAAGACGUUAACGAAAAGACGCCUUUGAAAAUAACACUGAAAAGGCGGGGUCGUCAUAUACAACGCGACGCAAAGAUUUUGAAAAUCGAGGAUGAAAAAGGACGCACGACUGCGUUACUUACGAAGCGUAAAUGGGCUGGGACAGCUGCAGCCACUGAGACUCACAAACGCAGGUUUGAAACAGAUGAUGGCCUUAAUGCCGAACGAUACGAUAAACGACGUAAGUAUGAGGCACAGUCACAGCAGUUAUAUCAUCAACCGGCAAUUUUUGAACAUUAUCGUCGCCAAACGGAAACGCUGAACAUUCUGUUGGUUGGAUUUAGAACGAAUCCUCCCAUCAUUGGCGAAACUCGGUCGUAUUUCGCCGAAUUCGGUGAGGUGUUGAACCUGCAGCUAUACACCAUGCCAAAUCGGCAAAAUGCUACCGAGUACUAUGCAUUGAUGAAAAUUCGCACCAGAGAAGCCGUGUCACUAUUUGCCGACAGGCACCUGUACAACGGAACAGCUAUCUACGCCAUCCGGUUGGAUGGUAACCGUGUACCGGCACGGGUCAAUUGCAAAAUUUGUAGCUACCAGGGGCUGAACGUUGCUUAUUUAAACUAUCACAUGGAGGGUCAGUUCCAUCAGAUUCAGCUGCAAAAGCGGCUGGAUUCGUAUACGGGAUACAUGGGUGAUCCAUAUCGUGAUAGUUACUAUCGAAUCACGGCCGAAAUACUGUACGUGCAGCUUCCAAAUGAUGCCGUUCAGGAGAUGGUUCCCGGUAUAGUUGGGAUGGCACAUUACCCAUCAUCCAAUCAGCACACCGAGAGGGGACGUUAUUUUUAAAGUAUUUUUCGGUGUCCAUUAUCGACACCAUUCAUUGUAAGUGAGUUGAGCUCAUUUUCUGUUUUCCUUAUUGGGAAGAAUCAUACAAAGAAUGCAGUAUAAUAUCGGAAUUAGUGAACAUCGGCUGCACGUUUGAAAGCAGCUUUUUUUUCUUUCUGCUACGAAGAAGUUAGUUUUAUUGUAAAACGAUCGAAAUUGUCAUAGCAUCAGCAACUUGCCUACUAGAAAGAUAUAUUGGAGCACGAAAAUGAACAGCUAUAAGUGAAUACUAAUUAUCGUCGUGAUCUGAAAAGCAUGCGACGGUGUUCGAAACGAAAAAUCAUCGAGAAUAUGUUACGAUUGUUUAUUUAAUUGGCAUGGGUUAUUUUUUAUACAUCCCAGACACAUACGAGUAUUCUGUUUGAAUUGUUAUUUGUUAUUAAACGCUGUAUCUGAACUGUAAAUAAAAAGCGUACGAAUAAUA